AUGCCAAUGCCGUCAUAUACCGCUUCUGCUUUUUCAGAUCCGGAAGCUUUGUAUGGUCGUUUGGCUUGGCCGGCAAACAUCCCGCCAGCCAUGAGCUCACAACACCAGCACCACAUCGGUCCAGGCAAACUUCGGAUUCAGCUUCCGGAGCCCCGGAGCAGCCGCGCCGUUGCUUCUUCAGCGCUCGUCACGGCGCACGCCCCAGCCAUCCUCUUCCAAACAACUCCGGAAACCGCAUCGAAGCUCCUCAAUGGGCUGGCCAAGCGAUAUCGAAGCGCAUCUGUGAAGCGGAGUGGAGGUGCAAAGCUGGGUACGGUCCAGGAAUAUGCUACACCACAGUUGGGUAAGCGAAAGCGAGGAUCGAGGCACGCGCAGGAUGCUGGAACCGAUGAUGGAGAGGCGGAUCAGCUUAGUCUAGAGAACUAUGGGCAAGAGGUGCGAUCGAUUGAGAAGACCAGGAGAGUACCAGCUCACCAAUCCCUGGUGCUUGAAGAGGCGGACGAAGCACCAGAUGAGCUGUCCAUGUUGGACAACAGCGUAGCAAGUCAUAUCGGAAAAGGCACCGCACGAGUUGUUGAAGCAUCAUUGGAGACGCCUCUACCAAAAGCGAUUCGCAAUCGCGGUUCAAAUACAAGCAUUGUCGAUGCUGCGCCAAUCGCUCCGACGACAGAUCGAGCAGCAGUGGCAUCCUUUGUUGUUGAGCAGGAGCCUCCAAGGACGGGGAGCGUAUCGAGCCCAACGGUGCUGCCCCUCGAGACGCCUGUGGCUACUCGGCUGACUGGAUCACAAGAUCACAGCACCGCUUCCAAGCCUCAUCUCAAUGGGCCCAACAAACUUAUUAAUGCGGAAGAGGAGAGCGAGGACGAGCUUGGCCCACCUCAACCUGCCUGUUCCCACGGUGCUGGCGACUCCUUCGGCACCCUUCCUCCGCGCGAUGAAGUUAACCAAACCAUUCAGAUCCUAGAAACGUUACACGGGCAAAUAAGGCUCCCAAAUCUGCUAAACGCCUUAGAGCCUGACCAGUUUGAGGAAGCCUCGCCAGAAGCGCGAGCGGAGGAAGUUGAGGUCAACGAAUUGUCACCUGAGGUUGAUCGAACGAAACGGGAGCCGCUGAAGGCCAAUACUAGACAACUACAUGCUGUCCCCAUAUUCAUGCAAAGGCCAGAAUCCAUUGUGGACGAGGCGAUGGAACAAGACGACGAAGAGGAUAAGCUCGUACCUCGACCAGCACACAGACAAAGACCAAAACCCGCAAAGGCUUUCCACGAACGCUUAAAUGAGAAGUCACGGAAGAAAACGUCUGACCAUGAGCCACCAAAAAAGAAGGUGAAACUUGAGAGAGGACCAACUGAAUCUAUGGGUCUCAAAGGCUUUGCUGUAAAGGGUCUCACAGUCGUCGACACAACUCGCACCAUCAUCAAUAAGGUCCUCGACCAACGCCUUCAACGCUUUGUCGAGCAGAAGAACGGCGCGAAAGACGGCGACCAUGCUCGGACAGCAAAGCGCAACAUCAACCACUUUCUUGCGUACCGUGACAACUUUGAAAAGCGCAUCUUAGAGCUCCAAGACGCCAAUGGUUCGCUGAAUUUGCUCCAUUCGAAGGACAAGCAAUACAAACGCGAAGCUCGCACCUGCGUGAAGAGUACCUGAACGUGCAGCAACAGCGACACUGACGACGUCCUAUACGAGUUCUAACAGAAGAAGAGCGCAUCCAAUGAGCGACAAGAACUUAAUACAAGUAUGUGGGAGAUCUAGGCCACAAUCUAAGAGGGAACCAGAAGGCCAGAGCUGAAGGGAGAGAGAAUGAGGGUCCUGUGAUGCCGAUGAAGAUGUUACUAAAUGAUGUGACAGAGCAUUGGACGGGACGGCGGGGUACUCGGGACUGCGGAGUCUUGCGGUGGGCGGCGAACUGACUUGAGGGGAGAGCUUGAUCUGUUGUUGCGGAUUUUUCAGUUCGGGAGGAUACCUUGAAUUUGG